GAGGGCUCUCAUCUGUCAGCUCAGCCCGCCCUCCUGCCGUCUGUCCGGGGCUUGGAGGCGAGGCGAGGGGCCGCUUUCCUGUGAGUCGUCGCUUCGGUGAAAUCGAGGGAGGAGAGCGCUCAUCAUGACGAGCAACAUCAGGUACAAAAGCCGGAUCCCCGUCAAAACAGAGGACAGCACAGAGGAGAAACAGUAUGUGGGCUUUGCGACACUCCCCAACCAGGUCCACAGGAAGUCUGUGAAGAAAGGCUUCGAUUUCACACUGAUGGUCGCAGGAGAGUCUGGAAUGGGAAAAUCCACUCUGGUCAACAGCCUCUUCCUCACAGACCUCUACAAAGACAGGAAGUUACUGAAUGCUGAGGAGCGCAUUAAUCAAACCGUGGAGAUCAUCAAACACACUGUAGACAUCGAGGAGAAAGGAGUGAAGCUCAAACUAACCAUCGUCGACACGCCGGGGUUCGGAGACGCCGUCAACAACAACGAAUGCUGGAAGCCGAUCACAGACUACAUAGAUCAGCAGUUCGAGCAGUACUUCAGGGAUGAGAGCGGCCUGAACAGAAAGAACAUCCAGGACAACAGAGUCCACUGCUGCCUUUACUUCAUCCCUCCAUUUGGACAUGGGCUUCGUCCGGUAGAUGUUGAGUUCAUGAAGGCUCUGCAUGAGAAAGUGAACAUAAUUCCACUCAUCGCGAAAGCCGACUGCCUCACGCCCAACGAGAUAAAAAAGCUGAAAGACAGAAUACGAGAGGAAAUAGACAAGUUUGGGAUCAAAGUGUACCAGUUCCCUGAAUGUGACUCCGACGAGGAUGAAGAGUUUAAACAGCUUGACAAAGAGCUGAAGGAGUGCACCCCGUUCGCUGUGAUUGGCAGUAAUACAGUGGUGGAGGCCCGAGGGCAGAGGGUGAGAGGAAGGCUGUACCCCUGGGGGAUCGUUGAAGUGGAAAACCAGUCGCACUGUGACUUUGUGAAACUGAGGAACAUGCUGAUCCGUUCGCACAUGCACGACCUCAAAGAUGUAACCUGUGACGUCCACUACGAAAACUACAGAGCGCAGUGCAUACAGGAGAUGACCAGUAAACUGGCUCAGGACAACCGUAUGGAGAGCCCCAUCCCCAUCCUGCCGCUGUCCACUCCAGACGUGGACACUGAGAAACUAAUCAAAAUGAAAGAUGAGGAGCUGAAGAGGAUGCAGGAGAUGCUAAACAAGAUGCAGCAGCAGAUGCACGAGAAAGACCAGUGACAUCUCGCAGAGUCAGGCUGCACCGCGGCGCCACCUGCUGUUUCUCCCCGCGAACGACAGCGAGACCUUCAGACUUUGACCGUGGAUAUCAAGUGUUAGUGGCAACCCUGGCUGUACAUUUCUCUUCAGUUUGGUGCUUUUUGUAUAAUUCAUCUGCUUGGAGGGUUUUUUUUCUCUCUGAAAUUAUCCGUUUGCCCAUUUUGAGCCCUUUCGCUGUUGUCUUAACAUAUAUGAUAUAAAUGCGUAAUUUAAAUAACUACUCCGUGUAUCUAAUUUAUAAAUGCAAUGCUAAACUUUUUGGAUAUAAUGUCAGGGUGUGUGCUGCAAGAUGUUUUUGUAAAGAAAUUGUAGGUUGUUGGUGAUAUUUAGAUUUGAACAUGGAUAUUGUUUUCUAUUAUGUGUGUUUGGGUGUGUGAGUGUUUGUAUUUCAUGGAAUUUCAUUUGAUAUCUCCUGGUAUCCGUCCAUAAAACUCAGUUUUGUCCUUUAAAAGGUGGCACAGUGACUUUUCUUUUAUUAGAAUCUGAGUUUUGCUUGUGUUUAUUCGCUCAUAAAUAGCCCCAUUUAGCAUUUUUCACAUACAGAGCAACAGAAUAUCAUCUCCCAGCGUUUUUUAAUCUGUUGGCUGAGCUGACAAUGCACUUAUUGCCAGUGGCUUACUGUGAUGGGAGAGUCUCUGACAUAAUGAGAGGUUUGAGCAGUGCAGGGUGCAUGUGCAAGCAUGCUGCCAUUACUCAUAUCCGCUAAAGGCUGUGGGCCUAUUUUUACUGCUUUGUAGCCGUUGCCCUGUGCUUGUAUCGAAUGCAUCACUUACCUACAGUAUCCUUCGUUAAAAUUAGCUCAGUAAUGACGAGCAAAUACUGUGUCUGUGUUCUGUUUUUGACUUCUCUCCUUGGAAGUGAGUUUUGCCAUUGAAGUUGUGUAACCUACAUGUUUGUUAAGAUUAUUUGAGAGUGUGUUUGUGUGAGGGUGUGUCGGCUGCUGAUGCUGAUGAUCUGUACAUAUUUUUGCCUGAAGGCUGUGAGCUCAGCCGGUGUCCCAUUUACAAAGGUGUGACAAAUAAACUCUUGUUUCUCGUCA